CAAUGGUAAUGUUACUGCAAUUCCACUUAAGAAGUUUAUAAACACUGUUAUCAGCCUUGAUGAUGAAUAUUAGCUCACAAAAAUGAGAAAACUCCCAGCAAAAAGGUUCUGCUGGUCCAGUUAGGAUUUAGUGGAGCUGAAAACUCGAGUCGACUCCGUGCACCCUUAGCUGUCAAUCAGGCUCCGUCUGCCCAAUCAUCGAUCUGCCUGGCUCACAGGUAAACCCCAGAGUUAUGAGCAUUUUAGUUUCAACAGACUGAGCAAGACAGCAUACAAAAAGGUGAAGGAAGAACUUCCAAAACAAAAAGAGUGAAUUAAAGCAACUGUGAAGGAGCAAUUUGUUUUCAGAGUGGAUUACCAUUUUCAGCAGCUCUGUGUGUUUUAUUGUUAAAUGUGGAUGUUAUAAAUGUGAACAAGGGAAGAUCAUUUUUUUUGUGUGGAUUACUUGAUUAUGAUACAAGUCACAGUGAAAUGUCAUGUAGAAUUCACUCUAUCGCCUGGAUAACGCUUGUCAUACUGUCCAGUCUUCAAGAUGUUCUGGGCUUAGCAUGGGUAGAGAAACCUUCUGAUACAACCUCCGUUAUUGGAGGAAACGCUGCCUUCACCUGUGACUACACUGGGGCUAACUUGGCAACAUGGUCCGGUCCCCAGGGUGCAUUGUUUGUAAACAAUAUGUCCAUGGCUGUGGACAACCGGUUUUCCAUCACAGGACUCUUCAAUCUUCAUAUUAGUAAUGUAAAGAAACAAGAUCAAGGGGAGUACACAUGUACUGUACAGGGACUUCCACCAGAAAAGGGAUAUCUUAAUGUUUACAUUCCUCCACACAAUAUAUCUGUCAUUACAAAUGACACCAGACCCUCACAGAUUGAAGGAGACUUUGUUUCUCUAACGUGUUCCUCAAUUGGAAACCCCCCUCCCGAAAUUACAUGGUUUCGAGAAGACACCCAGUUAACAGAUAGUGCUACAAUUCAAAUUAUCCAGAAACCAUCUAUAGGACAUGGAAACAUUGAGACUCUGGUCACAAGUCAGCUGAUCAUCAAAUUACAAUAUACAGAUCAUAAUAAAAACUUUUAUUGUUCUGCCAAGAAUGAUGUCAACCUGAAUAAUCCUAGCAAAGUUCCUUUCCUUGUACAAGUGCAAUAUAAACCCAGAAUAACUCUGGAGCCCUCUCCCCUGAACAUCCUCCUAGGAUCCUCCAGUCAGUUAAGGUGCAUUGUCAGUGCUAAUCCCCAGGUCAGCAGGGUCAGAUGGCAAAAAGAUACCCAGGUGUUACAGGAUACUGAUGCAGUGCUACGAUUUUCUAGUGUUGAGAGAACUGCAGCAGGACAAUAUACAUGUUCUGCUUCCAACACUAUCAAUGGACAGGUCCAGUCUGACAGCAAAAGUACAUCUGUUAGAGUUAUCUAUCCACCCAUAAUCACUGUACCAGCCACAGCAGUGGUCAAUGACUCAGGGGUACUGAACCUUCACUGUGCUAUAGAUGCCAACCCUCCACCACUGUCUGUCAAGUGGAAGAAGCUAGAUAGUUCUAGAGAAUCCACUUCAGCCAAUUUCACUGCCUCCCCUGUCACCAGGGACUAUGAAGGAAACUACACCUGUAUCGUGAUGUAUCGACUAGAGCCAUCGGGGCAAACAGUUGAACAAAAUCAGAAAUUCGCCUAUACCUAUGUUUAUGUCCAGUAUGCUCCUGGAUAUUCCUCAAUCAAAGCUGUCUCAAGUUCUGUGAACAUAGGGGAGACCAUUUCUCUCACCUGUUCUGUCUCGGAACCAGGAUAUCCAAUUCCCAAGUAUGAAUGGAGAAAGAUAGAUACCAAUCAAGUUUUAUCAAGCCAAGGAUCCACACUGACCAUUCAGUCUGCUAGACUUGCUGACAAUGGACAGUAUGCUUGUACUCCCUAUAAUGUAAUGGGAAGAGGAGGCACAGCCACAAUCAUAGUUGAAGUACUAGAGUCACCUAGAUUUGUGGAGUUUCCACCAACUAGUGCAAGCAUCACUUCUAACCAAUCCAUGUAUUCCGUCGUAUGUAAGGUGCGAGGCCUUCCUAAGCCAAGGUUGGAAUGGCUGAAAAAUGGUCAGGUCAUCCAGAGCGGACCACUGUACAACAUAACUGAAGAGAUCACCUCUAUAGAAACCUACAGUAAACUAGUCAGCUCCAGACUUUAUUUUGCUGGUACUGGGCGACAAGGUUUGAUGAUUGAAGAUAUUGCUAAUUUUACUUGCCGGGAAGUAUCGGGAGGUGAACAACAUAAUUUAGAGCUUUACAUCAUGUUUAAACCUUCAAUAGAUGCUGUUGAGAAGGUAGCCACCACGGUUAAUCAUUCCACUACCAUGACCUGUACUGGUAAAGGUUAUCCUGUGCCUUCAUUUGAAUGGUUCAGAGACAAUAAAAUCAUCCAAUCAGAAUCCCGGUUUACAGUGGAACCAACCAUACAGCUGAGUGCCACUGAGGCUAGCAGCUCAUUGUCCAUCAGGGAUGUGGUGGCCAGUGACUUUGGGGAAUAUGUGUGCAUUGGUCAGAAUUCUAAUGGUCAAGCUCACAAAACAGUGCGUUUGACUGUGAAAAAUCGCCCUGAAGCUCCCUACAACCUGUCUGUGAUAUCCUACACCUGGGAGUCAGUCUUUCUGCGCUGGACCCCAGGGUUUGAUGGUGGGGAGCCCCAGUCUUUUCACAUUCAUUUCACCAGUAGUGUUCCUCCCAUCUACACAGGAGAUAUAACUGUCUCGCCUCCAGAUGCCACUCAGCACAACAUCACUGAUUUGCUGCCUGGAGUAGCAUACCAGUUUUAUGUGUAUGGCAAGAAUUCUCUUGGAAAGGGAAACAACUCUCAGAAAAUAAUUAUCAAGACCAAAGAUUUUGCAUUUCCAUUAGUUAAUAACAUACCAGACUACUCAGCUGAAAACAAAAGAUUAAUGAUACCAUUUACUUUAAAUUCCACAUACUGUGUCAAAGUGAAAAUAAGUGUUAACAGUGGGAGCACCUGGCAGACCAUUCCCAUGAGUGGGAGGGAGUGCUUCCCUGCCACAGAGGAUACUAGAGAACUGAGUCUGCAGAGUGAUAGCAUCAAUCGCCUCAAUGUUUCAAUCUGUCUGUCUGUCAGACCGGACAUCUGUGGGGUUCAUCUGGCCGCACUAAUAAGUGACUACCCAAAAUAUGGUUUCCAAAGACAAGCUGAUAAAACUGAUCUAUCAGAGACAGAGGUGAUCAUCAUUGGAGUCAUCUGCGCUGUCAUCUUACUUAGUCUUAUCAUCGUUCUCAUUGUCAUCAUCUGUCGCCGUAGAACAAAUGCAAAACACUAUGGCAACCCAUCCACUUCAGUAAGUCGGCCAGUGACCACUACUCUCCAAACCAAUGGAAAUUCACUGGGCCCGCCCAAACCUCAACGCGGGCAGGACAAUCAAGGUAUAGAUUUCCUCUUUCUCGAUGGCUUGGGUGUUUCUGGUAGUCGUGGUGUUAGUCACUAUAGUAACCAUGCAUAUUGUUCACUGGGAAAUGGUUUUGAUCCACCACCACAAUACCAAAGUGUCGUUAAAAAUGGGAGCAUCCCUCUAGAUACUUCAUAUGAUUCUCAAUUAGCAAAAUACGAAAAUGAAAUGAACAUGCGAAAUAUGCAUAAUUUGAAGAAUGAAGCUUACUUUGGAGUUCAAAAUGGUUCUCCAUCAACGCCAAGAAAAGACCCUCACCAUUUCUUGGAAGCACCAGACGACAGAAAAGAUGUUUCUAAAGGUGGUCAGGAAAGUGGGUACUCCACCCCUGAAGGACAUGUGAAGCCAAAAAAGGUCAUUUAUGAAGUUGUUGUUUGAUGUGUACUCCUGUUUCACAUUACCUACUUCUUCAAUUAAAAAGAUCAACCAAUCAAGACUGGAGGAUGUCAUGUGAUUUUAAAAGGAAGCUCUGCAGCUUGACAUGUCCAGGUCAGUCAAAUAUGACCUUGACCUCAUUCUAGUCAGAUGACAUGGCAACUCUGGAUUGGUGGCCUUUUAUGACUUUGACCUUAUCUAUGUUGUGAACCCACUGUGCUUCCAGUUCUUGGGAUGUAAACCAUUGCCAUGUGAACCAUCAAUGGUGUUGUCUGUUAGAGGUCUGGGAAAUAAUUAUGGUGACCUUCCAACUUUUCAAAGAUGGUGCUUUUUUCCCUUCUGACACUAUGGAUGUAUCCUGCAUGUAUAAACAGACCUAUACAAUAUAACCCAGUGCAAUCAUAAGAUAUGUCCAAGUGAUACAUAUUGCUGUAUGAUCUCGCUUUAAGGAAAUCUUGUUUGUGUGUAUAUACAGGAAAAAAAUUGUGUAUUAUUUCACAUAACUAAAGGAGAAGUGUGCAUUAAAGCACAGAAUCUUUGGUACAAAAAGAAAACAAAAGCAAGAAAAAAAUGGUGCUUCACAAACAUAAACUGUGUACAUCAUUGUACCAUAACUAUAUUCAGUAUGGAAGUGCAGUAUUGCAUGAUCAUUGACAUAUAUUUCAUACUGCAUUAUUGUCAUGGCAACUAGGGAUGAUUGAUAGCUCAAACUGAGUUUGAAUGAAUGAGAAUUGUAAUAAAAGGCAGAAUACUUGAAGCAGAUGAACUUUGAAAACAAUACCUAUUUUUUAUACUAACAUAUUUUCAAAUACUCAAAAGUUGCUUAACCUUGCCAUAGUUCAAUAUGAUUAAAUGUUGCUUGAAUUAUAAAAUUGAGACAAGUAUUUUAUCUAGAUGUGUUUUAAAGGGAUUUAACAAAUUUAUGAAAAUUCUACAUGUUCUAAUUAAUUCUGUUCAACAAAGUCUUGUUACACAAUUUUUUUUUUUUGAUUGCUUGGUAUACUGCUACAUGUAUUCUAGGAAAAUGUGGAUAGUUUUGCAGAUGCAUGUGUUUUAGAGAGAGAGAGAAUGAGAGAAUUGCCCAGAAAAAGAGAUUGUAAUGGAAGACUAGUGCCAAGAGAGAGAGUGAGAGAGAGAAUGUAGUGGAAGAGAAGUGCCCACUGAAAUAGAGUCAAACUCACACAUUAUAGAUAACCAAGUCUUGUUUAUUUUCAAAUACCAAGUUCAUUUUCAAAUACAUUUGGCUCCUGACUGGAGGAAGAAAAAAAAUUGAUGUACAGACAAAGAUAUUACCAAAGAUAGUUUCCUUUAGUAAAUUGAUUUAAAGCUAUGAACAGCACUGCCAUAUUUCAGAGCAUAUGUAUGAAUUCCAUUGAUAGCACUUGUGAAGAAAAAAGGAAUAUCCCUUUGUCUUAUAUAUAUUGCAUGACUGUUUGUAUUUUCAAAAUGUUCUAUAAACUUUUAGUAUUUCAACUUUUUUUAUUAUGAACUUUUCAUAUUCAUUUCAUUUUUAGAAUUCAUUCAUCAUUAUUAUAUUUUUAGAAGUUGUGCAAGAAAGUUGUAUUUAUAUUAAUUAAA